CACUUCAGCCACUGGUGGGGCCAUCGAUAACAAGAUAGAGCAGGCUAUGGAUCUGGUGAAAAGUCAUCUACUGUUUGCCGUACGAGAGGAGGUGGAGGUCCUGAAGGAGCAGAUAAAAGAGCUCUUAGAGAAGAAUGAGCAGCUGCAACGUGAGAACAAUGUCCUUCGUCAAAAGCAAUCCCAGGGGCUUCCCACGCACCUCCCCUUCAACCAAUCAGAGGCAGCACAGCCCAACUUGCAGCACGUGGGAGGGCCCUCGGCUAGCCAGGACAAAGGAGGAUUCCAGAGCAUCCCAGGACCUGCAGCACCCAGAGUAGAUGGGUACCAACAGCAGCCGGGGACCGGGGAGCAGUUUGCCAGCAUGCCAGCUGGGGCUGGCCCACAGCAUGGUCAGGCACCUGGGCAGCAGCAGCAGGUGUUACCGCAACAGCAAGCUAGCCAGUAUGGUCACCUCCAACAACAAGCACAACCCAAGCAGCAACAGCAGCACACGCAGCAAACAUCUAACCAAGUUAACCAGACACCAUCACAGACAUGACAAAAGUGCAUGAGGACCAAGAACAACUGUGUUCUCAUUCUUCUCUUGAUUUGUUAUCAAUGAGCCAUUAUAUUUUGGGACCUGAAUUACCUGCAGAAUGCAUGAAUCUCAUGAUUUUUUUUUUUUGGGGGGGGGGGGAGCAGAGUCGACAAUUUCAUUGCUGAUGAAAUGUGGAGAGAUGAUAGUGUCUUAAUGUAUUGCAAUACAAUGUGUAUUGUUUUGUUGUAAAAAAGGUAGAGGUGGACUUAAGAAUUAAAGUAAAUGCAGUCCUUGGCCUACAGCAAAGGCUUUUUUCCUGAUACUUUUCUUCAGCGGUAAUGAUAGCUUGAGCUACUUUCAACUUGUCAAAAACUUUAAACACAUGUAAAAAAAAAAAGAAGAAAAAAAAAAAGAAUUGUUACUGCAAUUCUCUUAAUACCUUGCAUUGUUAGAAAA